AUGGCCUGUAAAAUGCUUCAAGCUGCCCUGUGUUCAACAUUGCUUAUAGGAGUACUGGGAGCACCAUUUUUAUUGGAGGACCCAGCAAACCAGUUCCUACGUCUCAAAAGACACAUAUAUUUGCAGGAUUACUGGAACCCAGAUCACAGCCCGAAUACGUGGGGAAACACACUGGUUGACCAGGCUCAUGAGACAUGGACUGCUUUGAAAACGACAGCACAGUAUUAUCUGAAUCUGAGUACUUUCACCCUUGACACGUCUACUGCCCAGUAA